AUGGCUACCCUCAAGUCCACAACGCCUCGGACUGUACAACCACGGCUCCUUGAUUGUGCAUCUUCGGAACGUGACGAGUCGAAACAGGUUGCCAUAAUUUCGAAAAGACCGCCAUUAUCCAACCUACCCGUUAACAAUCAUAUCAGGAAAGUUGAUCCUCCGUUGAGUGAGAAACAUGAGAACUCGGCAGGACAGGAGUUGGCGAGGACGUUGAGAGGAGGAGCCUCCCAGAACAAGCCAAAGCUGGGCACCUGUGGCUUCAAAGUGCGAGACCAUACUGGAAGUUCUUCAAACUGCACAAUCUCGGUUUUGACCGAGAAGAAGCGGAAUGGUAAAGGAAUAUCGCCAUUCAGUAAAGCAAAUACAUGUCCCACAGCACCGAAGGCCACCAGCGAGCCCAUAUUCAAACUCUGCACAGACGAGAAAACCCUGUACCUCAACCGCACUGGGCUAUCUUUGUUGCUAAAUUCUGGCGUUGUCGACACUCAAUUCGAUCAUCCAAGUACCGUCUUUCCAGCACGCACGUCGACCGGUGGAUCGCCCGGGAGGCCUACCAGACUGGGGCAGCCUCCGAAGCCACUGCCCGCCAUCUCCAACCAUGCCAGUAGUGUUAGCCAGACAGAGAAAGCCAAGGAAAAGUCUUCGAGUGAAACCGACCAGUCUUUUUUUCUACAGCUUACGGGAACAAUUCAAGGCGGCAAUAAGGAUGCACUUCGAGAGUCAUACGACAGGAGUCUCUUACCUACAAAUGACACAAAGCAGGUGUACCUGGGGAAAUCACUUCUGAAGGUGAUUCCACCUGGAAUCAUAUCGCAUUUCUUGCAGAACAAUACAACAUGUCUAUCCUUGCUGCCUGAGGGUCGGAGGUGUAGAAUCGGCCAUGCCACAAGGUGCUCCUUAGCUCAGAUCCAGAGCAUCAUGUCAUUCAGCACUGGAACAUUCAUGGAAAAUAUCCAACAGUUGGUGCAACUGUCGUUCUGCGCUGUGCAUCGGAAGGUCGCUUUGAGAGAAAUCCAAAACUGGGAAGAGGAGCUCCAAGAAUUGACCAAAAUGCACGAGCUCAAAUCGACAGCUUUGCCCCAGAACAAGCGACUACAGGCUAUUAUCCGCUGGAUGUGUCUUCUUCAUCAGUCAGCAGGUACAGAAAUCCCUGAAGACACUCAACUCCUGCCCGUGGAGGUUGAAAACAUUGCCCUGCCUAUAAACCCAAUCCAACAGCUCCAGCCCUACAAACCCCAAAGGUUGAAAGGGUCGGUGAAUGAAGAGCUGAAAAAGCUGCUCACCAAACCUCUACCAAACGCCGAUGUCGAACGCCGGGGAUCAAUUUACAUAUUCUGGCAGCGCCCAAAUUUCGGUCACCUCAAGAUUGGCCGGACAAACAAUGUUCGCGGCCGUCUAGAAGAGUGGAACAAGCAAUGCAAAAAGGAGUUGAUGGGACUUUUCCCUGAUUUGUCCAAAGAAUCAAACGAGAGCUCGCCCGAUUUCCAAAAAUUGCGCCACAUUGGGCGUAUCGAGGCUUUGGUCCACACGGAGCUGAUGAACUACCGGAGAUGCGAACCUAAAUGCCCAGGCUGUGAUAAAAAGCAUAUCGAGUGGUUUGAAACGUCUCAGGACCACGCAGUACGGGUCGUUCGCAAGUGGAACGCCUGGAUGGCGACAGAACCUUACGAGAAACAUAUAGUAGAUGACAAAGAAGAAUGGAUCCUGAAAUCUGAAGAAGAGGCACGCAUAGAUCAGCUGUGCCAACCGGAACUGCCCUCCCCUUCCUCUUCUCCACCGUCAAGGAGAGACAAAGGACCCCGUCGCGCCCGACACUCGCUUCCAGGCACCCGAAACUCGCCUCCAAGAAAAGAGAUCAGGAGAAUAAGUAUCUAG